AUGUCCGCCCUCCUCCGCGCCGCCGCCGCCCCCUCCGUCCGCGCCGCCGCGCGCCAGACCUCCCGCCGCCAGGGUGCCCGCCUCGCGCACACCGAAGCCCACGAGGCCCCGCACCUGCCGUUCAAGUACCAGAACCGCCGCGCGUUCGCGGUCAAGUACGUCGCGAGCGUGUCCACCUUCUUCGCGAUCCCCCUCAUCGCCGUCGGGUACCAGCUGUGA